AUGACGGCCGACCACAAGCGAAAGCCGGCAGAGACCAACAAGAAUUACAAGGGUUUCGUAGCCGGCGUCUUCUCCGGCAUUGCCAAGCUAUCGGUCGGCCACCCCUUCGACACGAUCAAAGUACGCCUCCAGACCACCGACCCAACACGCUUCAGCGGACCGCUCCAAUGCGUAGUACAAACGAUCCGCAACGAGGGCGUGCGCGGCCUAUAUAAAGGCGCCACGCCCCCGCUCGUCGGCUGGAUGUUCAUGGACUCCAUCAUGCUGGGGUCGCUGACCGUGUACCGUCGCCUGCUGGCCGAGCACGUCUUCUACCGACACCUGACGCCGCACCUCCCCUCCACGCCGCCGAACACCCGGCCCGAGAAAGAGGGGCCUAUCGCCGCGACCUCGCACGCCGCAGCGCACCUGCCGUCCUACGGCCACGGGCUCGCGGGCGUUCUCGCGGGCGGCACGGUGAGCUUCAUCGCGGCGCCUGUCGAGCACGUCAAGGCGCGUCUGCAGAUCCAGUACUCGGCUAAGAAGACGGAACGGUUGUAUUUGGGGCCUGUGGACUGCGUACGCAAGAUCUACGGGGCUCACGGCAUGCGCGGCAUCUACAAGGGGUUGUUUGCGACGCUGAUAUUCCGGUCCUUUUUCUUCUUUUGGUGGGGGUCCUACGAUAUUUUCUCCCGUCUUCUAAGAGAUCGGACGAGUCUUAGCGCUCCGGCUAUCAAUUUCUGGGCAGGUGGACUGAGCGCUCAGGUCUUCUGGCUUACGAGCUAUCCUAGCGACGUCGUUAAGCAGCGGGUCAUGACAGAUCCGAUGGGUGGGAAACUUAAUGAUGGGACGCCGAGAUUUAAAACUUGGGUACAGGCGGCGCAGGCUGUUUAUAGAGAGGGUGGUGCUAAGGGGUAUUGGCGAGGAUUCUUGCCGUGUUUCCUGAGAGCGUUUCCUGCCAACGCUAUGGCUUUAGUAGCUUUCGAAGGCGUUAUGAGAGCAUUGCCAUAA